AUGGGCUAUCUGUACAGCACCUUUGUCUUGGGGGCUAGGGCCAUGGGGCCCCUCACCAGUGACUUUUCCCAAAUGCAACCCCUGGCCACAGAGGAGUUACCCCUUACAGAGGAGAUCCCUUGUUCUAAGUAUCAAGUUGCUUUCAACCAUUCAUGCUAUGAGUUUGUGAGACUGCAGCGCACUUUCACCAGUGCCCAGAGCUGGUGUGAAAGAGGAGGUGGGCACCUGGUCUUUAUUGAAGAUGAAGAGACUCAAAAAUUCUUGCAGGGACACAUUGCUGAAGACAAGGAGUGGUGGGUUGGAAUAACUUCCAGUUCCUCUUCCAAUGAUACAACUGAAGGCUCUAUAAUCUGGCUGGAUACUUCCAAUGUCACCUACAACAAGUGGCAUCAAGACCCCCCUCCACUCCUCAUGUCAGCCUGUGGCUACAUUCUGAAGAAUUCGGCCUAUGAGUGGGCUGUGACAGAAAACUGCAGUCAGGAGUUCGACUUCAUUUGCGAGUUUGAAUCGGGCCACAGUAUUGCCUGUGACAACUUCAACGCCACGGUGCAGUGUGGAUCCGGAGAAGUCAUUCAGAUUGGGGACAGUUUCUAUGGACGGAAAACCCCUCACUACUGUGUGCUGGAGACACCUUUGCAGUUUGAUGUGGAGGAAGAAUGCAGCUGGAUCAGUGUCAAGGAUGAAGUUGCAGGACAGUGUCACGGACUCCAGGCAUGUCAGGUUGCAGCUGAUGGGACGUUCUUUGGCGAUCCGUGUCCAGGUUUGGGGAGCUACCUCUCUGUCCAAUACCACUGCAUGGAAGGACUGAGGCUGGCUGUGGCUGAGACAAGCUUCAUCUUUGAAAAUGUCACCCUUUCGUUGCAAUGGCUGCUCUCGCCUUACACUGGCAACCUCUCCUGCAUUAUCAGCACGGGAGAUGGAAACACGAUUGAUCCCUACUACCCGCCAAGCUUGGCUAGCAACGUGACUCAUCACUACGCUUCUCCUGGCGAAUUCACCAUCUUUGUGGAAUGCACAACCAGCGAGUGGCACGUGACAGCCCAGAAACUGUUGGUGGUUCAAGACAAAAUGGAUGAGCUUACCGUAUUGAGCUGCUUUAGCAAGUAUGAGGUUGGGAACAGCUCACAUUGCAGGACCCUUUAUGAGGAGACCUUGUGGAUUCAAGUGGAACUUAACGGAGGCAGUGGAGUGAUCUACACAGUUCUGGCAGAGAACGAGACCUUGAUGCAGUCCUCUGUGAAGGCAGGAAUUGUUCCUCAUAAUCUGACCCUGGAUGCCACUGCACAGCAUCUUGUGGGUCCCGGGGUACAUCGCCUUGAGAUCACUGCCUCCAGCAACACCACCGAAUCGGAGAUUUCAGAAAGCCUCACUGUGCAUUUCGUGGAGGGGAUCUCCGGUCUGCAAGCCACACUGGACUCUCACUCUGUGAAAGUAGGAGAAGCUUUGGAGAUAACAGUCCCAGCACCCCGCGGGGGCCCUGAGAAACUGCGGUUUGAAGUGAUUGGGCUGAAUGAAACGUUUUCCUACUUGAAGGAUAGUCCAGAAGGAGACGCCGAAAUUUACAGAAUUCCAGUGGAGUCCGAAGGCACUUUUCUGGUCAGGCUGUUUGCUACGAAUGACUUCUCCAACAUGAGCGUUGACAUUGGAACUGUCACUGUCUCAGCUAAUAGUUCUCAUACAGAAGGGCACUGCUGGCCUGAAUGGACAGAAUGCAUCCAGCAGCACUCGAUCCCCACAGACCUAAGGGAGAUCCAGAUCCCACCUGCCUGCUUGCCUCCUCCCAGCUCUGCAGUGACGGUGAAAGUGGUAGUCAAAAGCCCAGCGAAGGAAGCCCAGCAAGACGAGCAGUGCCUCUACAUUACAGCAAAACAGGAGCUGAACCCUGUCAUCCGCUGCGAGAUGAACUGCAAGCCGGUGAACGCCACAGAAGAUGUUGUGCUCACAGUCUCCGCAGGGACAGACUCAAAGGCAACCCUUUACAAGUGGUAUUUAGAUCAUUCAUUCCGCAGAAAGCCCAGUCAUCUCCCUUCAUGCUGUAGCUUGAAUGGCUUCCGGCAGAGCUCUCUGACUUUGCUUCAGAGCAACACGAUGACGCUGGUAUUGAACAGCUCUUUUCUGCAAAUGCAAGGAGAAGCCUUUCGAAUUAAAGUAACAGCAAUGAGUGAGCAUAAAUAUGGUGAAGAAACCUAUGUGGUCAGCACCGUGCCUCCUCCAGUAGUCCCAGCAUGUACUAUAUCUCCUAAAGAAGGAUCUGUGGUCACCAGCUUCUCCAUCUCCUGCCGCUCAUCCUGCCCGGAGAAUCAGUGCCUUCCAGCUGACACUUCUCAACUCAUGUACUGCUUCUACUUGGAGCCAAAUUCCCUCCUGCACUGUGGGCAUGAUCCUACUCUAACUUCUGUUUACCUUCCACUUGGAGAAGAGAACAAGAACUUUCUUUUACGAGUCACUAUCAUUGUGAGCAAUAGCUAUGGUGACACUGUUCAUACAAAUGCUACGGUCAGGGUUCAACAUCAAGAUAUAAGCAGUGGUAACCAGACCUGGCAGGCCAUUAUAUCAGAAAAAUCAAACACCAUCUUAAAAGGAGAGAACAAUAGUAUGUCCCUGUUCCAGCUGUACAAGUCAGUAUCUUCUGUCCUUAAUCAAGAGACCAAGGAAGAAAGUGUUAAUUCAUCCCUAAGAACAGAUAUGCGGAAAGAGCUAAGAGAACUGAUGCUGACAACCCUGUCCACUGUGAAUGUAACAUCCAUGCAAACAGCUCUUAAGAUGUCAGAGGUCCUUAAGGACAUAACUUACAGGAGUGAAGAGCUCUCUUCCUCAGCUCAGGUGGAAGCUGGUGCAACUCUGAAGGAAGUCAGUGAAUCCUUGCUGAUCGUGAAUACUGAAGAUGGUCAAGAGGACCAGGAGCGCAAAGAUGCUGCCAGCUACCUGUUCAAUGCUGUGAGCAAUGUUCUUGAAGCUACGGUGCAGAACAAAACAGAAGAUGCUACUACCUCCAAGAAUGCACAGACUUUGGUAUCACAGCAGCUUCUGACCACCGUUGAAAACCUCCAGAGUGCCCUUCUGAUUGGGAAGCUGCCAGACAAUGAACCCACAGUGCUAAAAGCUCCAUCUGUGGUGAUGUACAUCAACAGGUUACAGACAGACAAUGUAGACAGCACAUCCAUCAAUAUCUCCAACUCCAGCUCCGCCGCCUUCACCCUGCCGUCUGCCUCUUCUCUCAGCAUCUCAGGAGACAGUGACGAGACAGUGGACAUAAGGAUGGUGAGCUUCUCUGUGAAUCCCUUCCCCUCAAGCUACAGCUUUGAUAUCAACGGAGCAGUGGGAGGCCUAACUCUCACCAGCCUGGAUGGGCUUGUCAUUCCAGUUAGUAAUCUAACAGAAGACAUUGAGAUAAUGCUGCCGAGAAGUUCAGCCAUCCAAGAGGAAAGAAGGGUGUUGAAUCUGGGAAAUUUCAGUGCUCUCCAAGUCAACGUGACCACUGCAAAUGUCUCUCUCGUGAUCCACCUGGAGCUGAAUGAAGAUGUCCCACUUCUGCUGUAUUUGGGAUAUGGCUAUCCUCCUAAUGAGACCGAUCAUGAUUUGAUAACACACCUUCCUCAAAACAGAAACAAUGUGGUGUACUCCUGGAUCCUUCACCCAGAAGACCUCAUUUUUGGAGAAGGGGUUUACUAUUUUGUCGUGAGACCUGAAACAGACUUGGAACCCAAUGCCUUCAACAGCGUAAAUGUGUCCAUCACUUGCUUUGUAUCUCAGUGUGUUUUCUGGGAUGAGCACCAAGGGAACUGGAAUAGCUACGGAUGCCGAGUUGGUCCCAAAACAACUCCCAGUGGCACCCAGUGCCUUUGUAACCACCUGACCUUCUUUGGGAGCUCCUUUUUUGUAAUGCCCAAUACCAUCGAUGUCAGCAAAACUGUGGAGCUCUUUGCUACCUUUGUGGACAAUCCAGUGGUGGUGACAACCGUGGGCUGUAUCUUCCUUGUGUACCUGCUGGUUCUGAUCUGGGCCAGAAGAAAAGACAUCCAAGAUGAUGCCAAAGUGAAGAUAACCGUCUUGGAGGACAAUGACCCAUUUGCUCAGUAUCGCUAUCUGGUGACUGUUUUUACUGGGCACCGCCGUGGAGCAGCAACAACCUCCAAGGUGACUCUGACCUUGUAUGGCCAGGAAGGAGAGAGUGAGCCCCACCACCUGGUGGAUCCUGACGCACUUGUCUUUGAGCGAGGAGCCAUGGAUGUCUUCCUGCUGUGUACCCUCUUCCCUCUUGGGGAACUGCAGAGCAUCAGGCUCUGGCACGAUAACUCUGGAGACAGCCCGUCCUGGUAUGUGAACCGUGUGCUGGUCCAUGAGAUUGCCACCAACAAGAAAUGGUAUUUCCUCUGUAACUCUUGGCUGGCCAUUGAUGUUGGAGAUUGUGUCCUUGAUAAAGUGUUCCCCAUAGCCACUGAGCAGGACAUGAAGCAGUUUAGCAACCUGUUUUUUAUGAAGACCUCCAAGGGUUUCCGCGACGGGCACAUCUGGUACUCCAUUUUCAGCCGCUCCCCGCGGAGCUGCUUCACGCGAGCCCAGCGGGUGUCUUGCUGCUUCUCGCUGCUGCUGUGCACAAUGCUGACCAGCAUCAUGUUCUGGGGGGUUCCCAAGGAUCCGGCUGAUCAGAAAAUGGAUUUAGGGAAGAUCGAGUUCACGUGGCAGGAGGUGAUGAUUGGCUUUGAGAGCUCCCUCCUCAUGUUCCCCAUCAACCUGCUCAUCGUCCAGAUCUUCAGGAACAUCCAGCCUCCACUGAACAAAGAGGCGAAAGAGAAGAAGCCAGGGAAAAGUGGGCGAGUGUCUCCCAACCUCACUCUGACUGCUCCCGCUCCGGCGACCCAGAAUAUGUCACUCACUCCUGAGGCCGUGAUCAAGGACAUAAGGCGGAUUGCCAACUCACUCUUCAAAACCCUGAAGGCUCCGCUUCCUUCCUCGGAACCCGAUUUUGGAAAGUCGACUGACAUCAACAAACUUUUGGCCCUGGUUGAGGACAUUAUCUGUCAGCAGAACAGGGUUGGACAAGAAUUUUACAAUGAGAGCAAGAAGAAAGAUGACCCAAUUAUUAUCACUCUCGGCUUGGUGGAUUUACAAGAAAAGACAAGAACCCCGACUCCAGAGAGGGGAGUGGGGGAAAGACUGAAGGACCGGGGCUACAACCGUUGCCUCUACCUGCAGCUUCAGCAUGUGGAGAUGGAGAUGGAACUUCUUGGGCCUCACAGAUUCCAGAACCCCCAAAGCUACUCCCAGGCUGUACGGCAGGUUCAGCACAUGAAAGACCUGUUGGAAAGCCAGCUGGGAUCACCUGCUUCCAGCCUUCCAGGAGAUGGAAAGAAAGAAGCAACACCCAAAGGCCUGCCCAGGUGGUUUGUCCUCAUUGGUUGGUUCCUGGUUGCCAUUACCAGUGGCGUAUCUGGAUUCUUCACAAUGUUGUAUGGCCUACAUUAUGGCAAGGAGAACUCCAUCAAGUGGCUGAUUUCCAUGGCCAUUUCCUUCUUUGAAAGCCUUUUCAUCACACAACCUUUAAAGGUUCUGGGAUUUGCUGCUUUCUUUGCUUUGGUCCUGAAAAAUUUGGAGCAGGAAGAUGAAGAGAACACAUCUGUUGAUGGCCCACUAUCUGCCCCAGGUGACCCUCUCUUUGGAGCCCGUCGGGACAGCCGAAGCGACAUCUACCAACCUCCACCUGCUACCGACAUUGAGAGGAUGAAGAAUAACCGCAUCAAGGAGCAGAAGGCAUUUGCACUGAUUAGAGAAAUAUUGGCCUACUUGGGGUUCCUGUGGAUGUUGCUGUUGGUUGCCUAUGGGCAGCGAGACCCAAACUCCUAUUACCUGAACAAACACAUUGAGAAUAGCUUCACCGAUGGCUUCCAGGACAUCUUCAGUUAUCAGGAUUUCUUCAAAUGGGCCAGAACCACCUUAGUCAGCAAUUUAUAUGGCCCGUAUCAAGGCUUCAUCACAGAUGGCAACUCCAAGUUGGUGGGCAGCGCCCGGAUUCGUCAAGUGAGGGUGAAGGGGGACACCUGUCCCAUUGCUCCAAAGCUUCACCAGACGGUCCAAGAAUGCCACGCUUCCUAUUCCUUUGACACAGAAGAUAUGGCAGACUAUGGAGAACGCUGGGACGUCUCUUCCCACAAUAACUCUUCGGAGCUCGGCUUUGCAUGGCAGUAUCAGAGUCAGUCCUUACUGAGAGGGCAUCCCAUCUGGGGGAAACUGGCCGUCUAUGGAGGCGGGGGAUAUGUGGUGCAUUUGGGGACAGAUUCCCACAAUGCUUCCAGAAUUCUCCAGUACCUUCUUAAUAACACCUGGCUGGACACCUUUACCAGAGCUGUCUUUGUCGAGUUCACUGUCUACAACGCCAACGUCAACCUGUUCUGCAUUGUCAGCCUGAUGUUUGAAACCAACGCCCUAGGGGCCUUCUUCACAUGGGCUGAGUUGCAGAGUAUUCGGCUUUAUCCAUACACGGAUGGCCUGCAUAUCUUUGUGGUCACAGCAGAGGUCAUUUAUUUCCUCUUUGUCAUCUACUACAUGGUGGGGCAGGGGAAACUCAUGCGGGCGCUGAAAUGGAAUUAUUUUCGGAGCAAAUGGAAUCUGCUAGAGCUGACCAUCAUCUUCAUCAGCUGGAGCGCUCUGCUGGUGUUUGUGAGACGGACUAUCUUGGGUUUACGAGACAUCAGCUAUUACCAAGAGCAUAAAGACGAGUUUGCAAGCUUCAAUCAGACAGCCACUGUUGAUGCAGUUCUUGGGUAUCUGAUUGCCUUCUUGGUGCUUCUCUCCACCGUGAAACUUUGGCAUCUCCUGAGGCUGAACCCCAAGUUGAACAUGAUCACUUCAACCCUGAGGAGGGCCUGGGGAGAUAUAUCAGGAUUUGCUACUGUGAUCAUCAUCAUGUUCCUUGCCUACUCUGUAGCUACCAACCUGAUAUAUGGCUGGAAAUUGAACUCUUACAAGACUCUCUUUGAUUCAGCGGAGACCAUGGUCAGCCUUCAGUUGGGAAUCUUCAACUAUGAAGAGGUCUUGGACUACAAUCCUGUUUUGGGCUCCUUCUUAAUUGGUUCCUGCAUCAUUUUCAUGACAUUUGUGGUCCUGAACCUUUUCAUUUCCGUGAUCCUUGUUGCUUUCAGUGAGGAGCAGAAACAUUAUCAGGCUUCCGAAGAGGAAGAGAUCGUAGAUCUACUGCUGAUGAAAAUUUGCAGUUUCCUUGGGAUUAAAUGCAAAAAUGAAGCAACCUGUAGCAUGCCAGGGGAAGACCUGGUGAGCAAUUAACAACUGGCCGCCCAAUGCCUGGUUUCCCAUAUCAAUUUAUGUCGCUUGCAGCUGCCUUUAGACAACGUGGCUCCCAUGUUUGAGAAGUGCCCCAGCAGAACACAGAACGGAGGCUUCAACCCACUCUGUAUUAACUAUAUUUGGAAUUGUGACUUUACAGCUGUAUUGACAGAUUUGGCAUGAAUGGUGAAAAGAAUCAUAAAAAUGAUGCUUAAUUAUGCGUACUACCUUAUUCCACUCUUAUUCCAUGAUAUAAAAUAAUAAACAUGGUGCAUCUAUAUCUUCUUGUUUAAAAACAUGAUAAAAACACCGUGUAUCAGUUUCAUUUGCAAAAUGCUCUGUUUGGAAAUACUGUAUAUUUAGAGGCUGAAUCAGUACGGUUUGGUUGGCAAGUAAACAAGAGGCCUUAAAACCGAUGAAUACAAUUAUGAACUACUGUACUGCGAUAUAAAUAUAAUAAAAUAAUGUCACACUGCAUACGAACAGUGCUGUAUUGCAUAAAAUGUGUUGCUUUGUGGUAUAGGGGCAUCCUCCACCUGUAGACACAAGUCACACA